AUGGCAUCUUCAAAAGCCAAAUCUAAUAUCAUACGUGAAAAGAUUCAACGAUCAAUUUCGCCUUCCAGAAGCUUCUGUUCCUCCACUAUAUCAUCGUCUUCCUCUGCUUUCGGUUCUCCAAUGACCAGAUCACUGUCGCCGAAUCGCACUAGUGUUGAUCACCACGGUUACGUCUCAUCGUCUCCAUCUGUUUGUUUCUCUAUCGAUCAUCGCAACGCUUCUUCUACUGGUCAUAAUUCCAUUGCGUCUUCGAACAGCAACAAGGCAUGGAGUAAUGGACAGAAGAAGACGUGCAUGUGUUCGCCGACGACGCAUCCUGGAUCGUUCCGGUGUAGUUUGCACAGGAAUGUGAGUACAAGGAAUGGUAAUCAAAGCAACGAUGCGGUGUCGUAUCACUCACACAAAUUAUACAGCCGGAGAUCAGCUAUGACGAAUUCGGUUGUGAGGAUUGGGACGGUGGAAGGCGAUUUGGUAAAGCGAUCUUUAGCGUCUUUGAUUCGUCCAUCGUCGCACCAGCAAAAACGGCGAGGUGAUUUUCAACCGAAGCCUAGUCGACUCUCCUUCAUGUCUAAAGCCGACGAAUGA